AUGAGACGCCUAUUUGUUUUCUUUACGCAUUUAUUUGUUUUGUGCCCCCUAUUCUUAUUUACUUUUUGUUUUUUUGCCUUUUGUCACAUCGUAUACUUGGGGCCUGAACAGGCGGGGACUGGCCGAAGUAUGGCAACCCAUCUCAUUCCGACGGCUGCGGGCGCGGGUUUAGCAUUGCGGCUCUUAGACUGUUCGGCGUGUGCACUCAUGAACUCUUUAUCAGGAUGGAAGGUCACACUUGAGGGUCGUCGCGAUAUUGCCAACUUCUCCCUUGACAUAAUAACGGGUGGAAUGAUGAUUGGUGGGGCGGCCGAAACGCUUGUGCCUUUUCGACUACUUGAAACCCUCCACCAAACGUUUGAUGCACCUUAUUCUGGUGGUACAUCACACAAAGCUGCGUGGGAUGCCGUACCAAGGUAUGAUCAGUUUGUUGUUUUGAUAGCCCCAUGCGAUGUCCCGCAACUCAUACAGAAGUUUCCUCUCUACAAGAAGGUGUGCUUGUGUGUUCCCUCGGGACCACUUUGCUCGCGUAUGCUUUUUGAGAAGUACUUGGAAGAGUUCUAUGCGGAGGAAUUCAACCCCGCACUAUCUGCGUUGGCGGACAUGGGCGGCUACAAAUGCACCGCGUGGCUACGGUCCUCGCUUACAUGCCGCUACGAGGGACUUUACGUACCGGGUGUGCGUGUAGCAGAGGCUGCCGCGAGGUUACUAAGCUGCGAUAUCCUUGGCGAAGGCGGUGGUUGUUCCUGUGAGCGUGUGGUAUUUGAAGAGGGAAUCUUUGGUCUAACGCCCCGCUGGCUGGAAACCGUAAUGAAAACGGCGGCAUCAUGUGGCGUUCCAAUGAGGUGUGUGAUGUUGGCGCUCUGCCGCGGUGAGAGUGGAAAUGUCGGAGAAAACUACGUUCUCUCCAAGGCUAUGGAAGUGGGCAUCGACACAAUAGCCGUAACAGCUGUUCCCACUCCUCUUUUUCCAGGCACAGAGGGGCUUCUGGGAAUCGAUGAUGUCCGAACCUUCGUGUCAGGGUGGAACGACGCGGGAAACGCGGCCGCCUCCCUUGAAGAACUCGAGUUGGUGGAUGAUUGUGUGGAGUACUGCGCUUUGGUGCGGAAGCAAUGGCAGUCGUUGAUGCCAACGAUAUAA